UGGGCUCAGUGUGUCCGUCUCUUCCCGGACUUGGAAUUAAUCUCACAUUACUGAAAGCGGCGGCUCGCACCAUGGAUGCUACCAUUUAUCAGAUCAUAUUUGGGGAGCUCGGGGACCUGAAUUGUAGUUUGAUUGAAGCUUUUCAAGACACUUUUUUGGAAAACGCUUCAUUGUCAUUGCUGAGCACUGAUGGUUUAUAUUGCAAUGCCACAACCGAUGAGAUUGGAACCUGCUGGCCGCGGAGCAGCACCGGGAGGAUUGUAGAGAGACCCUGCCCUGAGUACAUCAACGGGGUGAAGUACAACACGACCAGGAGUGCUUACAGGGAAUGCAUGGAUAAUGGGACGUGGGCGUUGAAGAGCAAUUACUCCAAUUGUGAACCCAUUUUGGAGGAGAAGAGAAAAUAUCCAAUGCAUUAUAAAAUAGCGCUGAUCAUCAACUACCUAGGUCACUGUAUCUCUGUGGGAGCUCUCGUCGUGGCCUUCAUUCUCUUCUUGUGCUUAAGGAGCAUUCGAUGUCUUCGAAACAUCAUACACUGGAACCUGAUCACCACCUUCAUACUGAGGAAUGUUAUGUGGUUUUUGCUUCAGUUGAUCGACCACAAUAUCCAUGAGAGCAAUGAGCCUUGGUGUCGAUUAAUUACAACAAUAUACAACUACUUUGUGGUGACAAACUUCUUCUGGAUGUUUGUUGAAGGAUGUUACCUUCACACAGCCAUCGUAAUGACUUACUCCACUGAUAAGCUCAGGAAGUGGGUGUUCCUUUUCAUCGGCUGGUGCAUUCCAUGUCCUAUAAUAAUAGCUUGGGCCAUAGGAAAGUUGUAUUAUGAAAAUGAACAGUGUUGGUUUGGUAAAGAACCUGGCAAAUACAUGGACUACAUUUAUCAGGGACCAGUUAUUCUUGUGCUGCUGAUAAACUUUGUUUUCCUCUUCAACAUAGUAAGAAUUCUAAUGACCAAACUAAGAGCUUCAACCACGUCUGAAACAAUACAGUACAGGAAAGCUGUGAAAGCAACACUGGUCUUGUUACCUCUGCUGGGCAUCACCUACAUGCUUUUCUUUGUGAAUCCGGGGGAGGACGACAUCUCACAAAUCGUUUUCAUCUAUUUCAACUCCUUUUUGCAGUCUUUUCAGGGAUUCUUUGUGUCAGUGUUUUACUGCUUUCUAAAUGGAGAGGUACGUUCUGCAGUAAGGAAACGGUGGCACCGCUGGCAGGACAACCAUGCCCUUCGAGUGCGAGUGGCGCGAGCCAUGUCCAUCCCCACAUCACCGACCAGGAUCAGCUUCCACAGCAUCAAACAGACCACAGCUGUGUGAGCAGCACAUAAUCUCCAUCGCAACAUCUAAGGGAACAGACUUAAUCUUUUUGUCCAGUGCAAACAAUGAAGUGAUCCACAGAACAGACUGAAUCCUCCGACAAGGCCGCAGUGUGUCCAGUGUGAUUGAAGAGUGGGGAGAUUCUCUCGUCUGGUGAGAGCAAUUAAAAGCAUCUAAAAGUCUUCUUUAACCACCCGUGAAGUAAAAUGGGCACAAAAGAUUCUUGGAGGACUUAUCUCCCAAAAUAUAUUGUACAUGAGGUGCACACGGGGUCUGAGUAUUCAAAAGACUUAAAAACGGCAUCAUUAUCAAACUGUCACAUCACAGCAAGUGUUAUCAUCUGAUCUUAGCGUUCUUAUGGCUGUCAUCUUACAGCUUAGCGUUUGUUGGUAUAGAGCAAGAUAAUCCUACAGGAUUUGCAGCAGGAUACUUGAACAGCUCAUGCACUUGUGGCAUCUGCUCCAUUGUUGCUUAGAGGAAGUGCGACAAGAACUACUCGCAAUUUAAUUAGAUACAUUGACCGAGAUGCAGUCAGAGAUGUUGGCAGAUUUGUAUUUAGUGUGACGAAUAUGAAAAUCUAAAAAGGCUCUUUGAGUUAGCACUCUCUGACAUCAGCAGCUGCGUUUGACAGCUAGAAAAGAGGCUUUGGGGAAGAAGAGGGUUCACCUGAAUUAAAUAUCAAAAAGUCGAUGGUAUAAAAGGCACAAGAUUCAAAAGAGACACUUCUCCUCUGACAAAAAUAAUUUGAACACUUCGUAUUCAACAUAAUCUCAACACGUGGUUAGGUGUUUUUGGUCAAUGUGAGAUGAUGAUUUUCUAUAAACAAGCCAUUUUAGGAGCCUUUAUAAUGUGUCCUCAGAGCAGUCUGAGCUCUUUUAUACAGUGCUAAUUUUUUUGUCCUGUACCAUACUGUUGUGAACAUUGUUAAAAUACUCAUUCAGCUUCCUCUCUUCUUUUCCAGCUUUUUGUUUUCACCUCUAUUUUUAAAUUCCCCUUUGUUGGAUUCUCCUUUUUUUCUCCUCAUAGACGAAAGGUGUGAACGUAAAGAGCAAUUUAAGGUGUCAUGUGUUUGAACCCCCUGAGGUUGAUGGAUGAGCAGUCCCAAAUUAAAUCUCUCGUUUCAAAAGACUAAAGAUAAGAUUAUAUAUUACAUAGAGUUGGGAUAGUGAUUCUAAGCUAUUUAUGUAAAGUAUAUGUAUGUUAAGUGCCAUGCAUGGAUUCAUCAUGCAGGCACAGUGGACGCAGAUUAAAUUCUUUUGGCUUUAUGAAAUCCUUGUGGCUCUCUAGUAAUCUGUGUCACAACUAAGCUGCUGGUUCAAGAGAAAAGAAGCUUGAUGAAGUGAGCACUGUACACUCGCCCCGCCGACUCUGCUCACACAAUAAUGGGAACAAACAUCUCUCUGCAAAGUCAAAGUCCAAAAGUACUUUUUGUUUUCUGCAAAGGGGGUGAAGAGGUGAGAGGGAGGGUUCGCUUUAAAAAGGAUUAUAAAAAAAAAAAAGAAAAAUCUGAAUUAUGUUGCAAGCUUAAGCUUUGAUGCAGAUGCUUCUUGUGUGUCCCAAACAUUUACUGUCACAUCAGGAGAGUCUUUCUGUCCGUCAGGUGGUACGAUUAAGAAUGUUCAAAGGAAUAGUUUGACAUUUUUGGAAAUACAGUUAUUUUCUUUGUUGCUGAGGGUUAGAUGACAAGAUUGAUACAGUUCUCAUAUUUGAGUUAGUUUAGCUUAGCUUAGUUUAGCUAGGCACAAAGACUGUAAUAGGGGGAAGCAGCUGGCUAAGGCCGCAUCAGGCCGUGUCUUCAACUGCCUGGAAAACAUGAGGUCAAGUGCUGGGUGCGACUCUUGUGCCUCAUCUGUGCCAAAUUUCAAGGGUGUGGAUACAGGUUGUGCCUGACAUUGCUUAACGACCAUAAACAGCAGCCUACUUACCAGAAAUCCGGAGUUUGAAGCUGACCGUCAUCCAGGCAUUGUUUUUUUAAGUGGCAGUCUGUGGAGCAGAUGUAAAGCUCCAGGUUGCCAGGUAUCAUAGAUUUAUCAUAGACUGAUAUUUACUGAAGAAAGAGAAGAUAUCUGUUGGCUGUGAUUGGUUAAUCCUUUCGCAUGACAUGCAGUGUGCGUUGCUGCAUUUCAAAAGUUGAACUCUUUUUUUCAGGGUACAGCUGUCACACCAUGAAAAAAAGUACUUGGAAACACGUGUGUCACAACACAUUCUCACUCCAACCUCAUCACAUACCGACGUUUGGUCAUGGACUUUCCACGUCCGGAUACGACCUGAAAGGUAACCUGGGUGUGUUGGUUGUUGACGUACUGGGAAUCUGUGUCAAGUUCUGCCUGUUACAUGCAUUGUCUUCUUUCAAAAGACGCUUUCACAUACAGUCUCUUUUAAAAUAAACACACUACGUCAGUACAACAACGCCAACUGAUGUUUUUUUUCCUCCAGCAACUAACGCACGUGGUUGGGUUUAGGCAACAAAAGCAUGUGGUUAGAUUUAGGCCUCAUUUACACCGCAAGCAAUGCAUUCGCGUAGCGCUCACGAACGGUCGCUGUUUACUCGCGUUUUCAUUUUGGCGAGCAUGUUAACAGGCUAGAACAUUCACACCGCAUCCGUUCUACGUGCUGCUCAAGUCACACUGCUUUCACGAGCAAGCUCGAAAAUAGAAGAGACAGCAAUUUUUUGCGCGAGUCACGAGCAAAUUGUCGCUGUAUUCAACAAAAUAUCGACAUCUACCGUGGCCGAGAGACGUCACAACACAUGCACACUCAUGUAGUAGUAAUACAAAGCAGACAAAGACUACUUACCCAUUUGUAGUGCUAAAUAUUAAUUCUCCAAGCGUUGGAAUAAUCAGUGGCGUGCAAACCUGUCCAACCUGGGCUUUGGGUCCAAACUCACUUCUUCUUUGGGGUUUGUUGGAGAUUUGCAAACAUGGUGCACUACAGCCACCAACUGUUCAGGUAUGGUUUAUAUUUUGACCGGACAGCAGCAGCCGCUGUGUGACACGACUGUUUGGUUUUGGUGUGAAUACACGUGUGCUGCUGUUACGCUUGUGGACCACUUCGCAAAUGCAUCGCUUGUGGUGUAAAUGAGGCCUUAUGAAAAAAGAACAGGGUCUGGUUUUAUAAUCAUACAGGACACAAACACUGCUCUCCUGGGUGAAAGUCCGAGUAUAUGGGACAAUCCACCACCCUCCCGCCACCCCUACUUGGACUUUCGCCACCUUAACUCUUGUUCUUGUCCCGCUGCGUUUCCUCCUGACGCUGCCGAGUGCCAUUAAAUUAUAAUGGCAACUGGCCGCGAGUCAUGCCGAAGUUAAAGGACAGCUUUUUUUUGUCAUUGUCUGAUGCCGCAUGUCACUGCCCAAGCACCAGAUUUUGACGACUUGGGAGCGAGACUGGUUUUGUGUCGUGAAAGCGUUGCUUUUGAUUGCGCCUUCUGCGAAUCUACAUUAAAAACAACUGAUCUGAGUUGCAAAGUACACGGUAUGUUUACAGGCCCUUAGUUCUGUCUAAAUGGGUCCACACUGGCUGCCUGAUAACCACGUCACCUCACAAGUUAAGCUAGCACGCAUGCUACUUCUCAUGUAACUCUCAGCAAGAAAGCGAACAUGCAUAUUUCCCAAAAUGUUGAAAUUUUUUUAAAUAAAUGGCUUUGUUUUAUUUUAGUUUGUUUUGUAUUUAUUUGAUAUUUAUUUGUUUAUUUAAGUUAUUUCAUAUUUUUGUGAGGAUUCAAUCCUCUGGCUCUGUUGUAGUUCUGGGCAAAAAAAACAAAAACAAAUAAUUUUUCUGAUCAAGUUGUUUGAGGGUGUUGUAUAGAAAGUAAAAUAUUUCAUCACUCCUUGUAGUAAAAUGUACAUUUCAUAUUUGUAUUUUAUAAUAUUUUGUUACAUCACAGCAGAGUUUUUGUUGAUGUUGUUGAUAUGCUGCUCCACUGAACUGACAUCAAAAGUUGAUCAUCCAAAGCGAUUUAGAUGUAAAUAUUUUAUCGUAACAUCAACCUGAAUUUCUGUUUCUGGCAUCACAACUUGUGCAGCUGCAUCACUGCCCGUGACCUCAUCAUGUUAUGUACACAUAAAAAGUACAUUAUCUUACCUAAGUGAAUAUUUUCAUACAAAAAUAAGAAAAAAAAGUCAUGUAUUCAAACUCACCAAAGAGACAAACCAUGUUUACCAGCAUCCAGAACUUUUACUGUCUACAUAUUUCUAUUGUUGUCGUUGCACUUUGUAGACCGAAUCUUGUUGACUUUCUUUUGUACACCAUUUGUUGUACAUGAUUAAAUGUAUUCAGUGUGAUGUCAGAUUUGUUAACUUAUUCCUGUACAUGAAUAUAUUUGACGUACUGAUUUUAUGGGAAAUAUUUGUUGAACCACCCAUGUUGCCUUAUGAACAACACAAAAUGCAUUUUUUUGUGAACAGGAAGCUAAUGUCUCUGUAAAUGAUGUAUCAUUGUGUUACUGAUAUACAUUUGUA